AUGGUUGCGGGGAUGGUGCUUGCUGGACCUGAACUUUGCCUUGUUUGCGUAUUGCUGUGGAUGAUGUACCGGACUUAUACAUGCCGGGCAGGAUACAACCGAAGGUCCCCUGUGAUAGAUAUUGACAGUCCGCUCCCGAACAGUCAUCUGCUCUUACCAGUGACGGACAAAUUCAACCAUCUUUGCAUCUUGUAUCUCGUGUCCAUGGCGGUCCCACUCGUCUCCGAUGAUGGCAUAAUCCUGCAUCUCCACCAGGAACUAUGCAAUGCUGUCUGCGACGAUCGCGCUGCUAAAUUCCAGAUCUUCUCUGAGAAAGUAUGGAUGCGACUUGGCCAUGAGCCCCCCCUGGCAGAUGCCAUAGUCAAUGAUUUUGUGGCGAUGCUGCACAAUGUUGACAACCUUCUACUAGCUCAGCUAGUCAUCCCAGAGUUACGACCUGCCGCCCCCGCUCCGGAUAAUCCCUUUCAACGCGACGUUUUAUUCCAAAUCCAGCUUCGACGACCGAUCCUCGAUCUUUUUCAAGCAAGACCAACAGGCUACGACACUGAAGCACAACGUCUACACGAGGAGGAGAAAAGAAUCCUUAAAGACGCAGACUGGCAUAGAGCCUGUUUACUGCUGUACGGACGCGCAAAUAUCAAUGAUGAGCAAAAGGAGAAUGUUCGGCAAUGGGAUACACCACCGUUCCACACAACGGUAUUGGAGCGACUGGAGCCAAGUGUCUCUAUACAUGAAACAAACCAAACCCACGAUAGUUUUAGCAAUUACUGUAACCAUGUUCGUCUAAAUUGUGUACUAUCCGCCCCUUCACGAGGAAAUCGAAGACUCUCGUUGCAGCCGCACAAGACAACCAUGCCAUACACUGCAAUCCUUACUUCACUAAGAUUUGGUAUUGCUCAGUCAAUGAAUGCGGACGUGGCGGAUAGCGAGGUAAACUAUACCAAGUUCAAAUCACACACCGCUACUGGAGCCUGGCUUCCUGACUCCUAA